CGAAGGGGAGGGGACGCGGGGCCCUCCCGGCGCGCCAGCCCGCGCGGCUGAUGGAGGCGGGUGGCGCCGCCCCGGGCGCAGGUGACACACGCCAGGCCGGGGCCGCCGAGCGCCGAGAGGACGAGACGCGGCGGGCCCGGGGCCCUCGGGGACGGAGAUGGCCCGCGAGCUGAGCCAGGAGGCGCUCCUGGACUUCCUGUGCCAGGCCGGGGGCCGAGUGACCAACGCCGCCUUGCUGGGCCACUUCAAGCGCUUCCUGCGAGACCCCGACGCGCCCCCCGGCCAGCACCAGCGCCGCCGCGAGCUCUUCAAGGGCUUCGUGAACUCGGUCGCCGCAGUGCGCCAGGACCCCGACGGCACCAAGUACGUGGUGCUCAAGAGGAGGUACCGGGACCUGCUGGGGGAGGAGGGGCUGCAGCCCGCCGGCGACCCGCCCCCGGCCACCGCCGCCGCCGCCCCCCGCCCCGGCCCGCCGCGACCCCCGCAGCAGUCCCGGCGGCGGCGGCGCCACCCGGAGCCGGAGGAGGAGCCGCCAGGUGCCGACGCAGGUGGCCCCGGGCCCCGGGAGGCGGCGCGCAGGGGCGGCGGGGACAGCUCCCGCCAGCCCGUGCCCUUGGGCGCGGCGGAGUCGCCGCGCGGCCGCCGCGGCCGGGAGUGUGUCCAGAACGGCCUGGGGGAGACCCCCGGACCCCCCGCCGCGGCCGCUGCCGCCGGAGCCCACCCGCGGCCGCGGGAAGACGCGCGCGCCCCGCCCCCGCCCGGGCCCGCCGCGCCCCGCUCGCCCCCUACGACGGUGGAAACUGCCAGCGGCCCGGCCUCGCCGCCCGCCCCCCGGUCCCGACCUGCUUCGCCUGCCGAAUCCCCGGAGCCGCUGAGCGGGGUGUCCCCGCGCCGACCCACCCUGCAGCAGCAGCAGCAGCGCACCCGAGAGUGGGUGGCCAGACACCGCCAGGUGCCCAGGGCCAGCGAGCAGGGCCCGACCCGCGCGUGGUGUGUGCUGCCCGACUCGUUCCCCGGGCUCCCCCCGGAGCUGACUUAGGGCGGCCGACCCCCAGCGCCGCCCCCCUGGGCCCCCCCUCUUGCCUCUCAUCCCUGCGUUCCUGCUGGUCCCGGAUCCUGGCCCGGGGACUCGCCCGUGCCAAUCUUCCGCAGCAUCCGUUGCCAGCUGUCCCUCCAAGAUCUGGAGGACUUCGUGGACCAAGAGAGCCACAGCAGCGAGGAGAGCAGCAGCGGGCCCAAAGAGUCCCCCGGGGGUUCCGAAGAGGGCUUGCAGGUGGCCCCGGGCCCCUCGGAGGGGAGAAAGCUCAGGAAUCCGGUGGGGGACCGUUCUCCGAAGGAAGCGCGCCUCGACCGCACCCCGCAGGACCUCAGGAGCCGACAGGAGGGUCCCCUCUCCCCGCAAGUCCUGGCUAGGGCUAACGGGCUUGCUGGUCACCCCCAGGAACCUCUGCCCUGGCCCGCCCCCAGGUUCAGGAGGUCCCUCCGGAGGAGCUCCCGGACCCCGAGAGCCAGACUGUCGUCGUCGGAUGAGGAGCGCCUGGAGGAGGACGUGCUCAGAAGGAGCCGGCGCCCACCGCGCUCCAGGAAGCCCUCCCGGGCAGGGGCGGCGUCCAGCCCGCGGGUGGACACUGCCCUGACACUCAGGCCCGCAGACUCGAAGGCGCUGGUUGUCGCAGAGAGGGGCGGCCCGGCGGACCUCUGGGCGCCGGCUCGGGAGAGGCCUGCAGCUCUGGCACCCUACAGGCCCGUUGAACACAAGUCGUCCCUGGUGCCUCUGGACGCGCGGGAGCACGAGUGGAUCGUGAUGCUGGCCUGUGGCUCUUGGGGCCGGGUGUGGGCAUUGUUCCUUGAGGAGCCCCAGCUGGCCCUGCACCGAGACUUCCUGACGGGCUUCACGGCCUUGCACUGGAUAGCCAAACACGGGAACCUCGAGGCUCUGCAGGAGUUGGUCUCGGGGGCGCAGGAAACGGGGAUAACGCUGGAUGUCAAUGUGAAAUCCAGCUGUGGGUACACGCCACUGCACCUUGCGGCCAUUCACGGCCACCACGGGGUCAUCAGAAUGCUGGUGCAGAGGCUGGCCUCGCGGGUGCAUGUCCGGGACAGCAGUGGGAAGAAGCCCUGGCAGUACCUGAGCAGUAAUACCUCUGGGGAAGUAUGGCAGCUACUGGGAGGCCCUCGUGGCAAGCCUAUCUUCCCCGUCUACUCCUUAGUCUCAAGCUCCUCCCCCACUAGGAAGGUGAGGAGCCAGGAAAUAGCUAGAAAUGUCACCCGUAAGACUUCCCUGGCUGCUCUCCUCAAAAGUCAGCACCACAAAUGGAAAAUGGCCAACCAGCAUGAGAAAUUCCCCGCCCUCAGAGAGAGGGAAGAGUACAGUGAUUGAGAAGGGGCCGCUCUCCAAUAAGCAGCCGCUGCCCCCCUACUCUGGGCUGAUGGCUUUCAGGGGGCAUCAGAAAACGGGCUGAGCCGUUGGUUAAAAGUGAGUCGGAGAAGCUGGCCUGCCUGGUGUUCUCCAGCUUGGUUUGGAUCUAGGUCCUCCAUAUCCCAGACCUUGGGGCUCACCCCUGCUUUCUGAGGGCUCAAGUCCUUGGGUCAGUGAAGCUUAGACAAGGACAGAAUAGGCGCUUAAAGCCUAGGAGGUGAUCUUUCUCUUCCUAUGGCGCCAUGCACCUACCUGGGCAGAGAAAGCCUUAUCAUGCCUGAAGGAGCAAUCCCAAGUCUUGGCCCCAGAGGGAACAGAUGUCUAAU